UUCACGUCGGCUCCCGAACUUCACAUCUCUGCACAAAACCCUCGCUUUUUGUCACUCCCACUGGUUUCGCCCAAAACCAUCGCCUUCCUGAGCGAAAACCUUUGCGAUACAGUCCAUUAGAGCUAGUUGGGAAGGAAACGACUGGAUCGCGGCUUAUAGAAAGCACCGAAACUCCCAUCUUUCUCAUCCUUCCUCUCCGCCCCUACCAGAAACCAUUGAGAAAGGAUUCAGCUUAAAUCCUGCAUAAAUCCUGCUUAAAACCGGCUACCAAAGAGCCCCUAAGAGUUGGCGAUUUCAGAUGGAGGAUCUGAAGUUUGCGUUAAAGGGGCACGCAGAUCUCCUCGCGGAUCUUCUUGAGAGGGUCUCCGCUGAGCUACAUAGCGGGUUCCAACCCGCCAUCGACAACUUUGUUGGGUUCUUCCACGCCAUCGAUUGGAAGGAACCGUGGUUGCUAUGCUUAUUAUUGUUCCACUUUACUUUACUGGUGAUGGUUUUUAUAUCAAGGAAGAGAAUCAAUUUCCAACUUGGCCUAUCUAUUUUUGCAUUCUCUGGUGUAUAUCUAGCUGAGAGGAUUAACAGUUUUCUGGCUAAAAACUGGAAGAGCUUCGCUGGCCAGAAUUACUUUGAUUCCAAUGGUCUGUUCAUUUCUGUCGUCUGGUCUGCUCCUCUUCUACUCAUAUCAAUAGUACUUGUGGUUAACACACUGAUAUCUUUGUGCAAACUUAUUGUGAAGUGGAAGAAAGCUGAACUGAGACACCGUGCUAGGCUUCAACGUGGGAAGCAGGAUUAAUAUCCUUACGACAAUUAUGCUUCAAGUAUCCGCACUUUUUGUUUUUUUCAUUGGUGGAAUGUUGAAAUCUACAUUUUUUUCUAUUUGGCUGCCCUUUGGAUUUUGGGGAUGAUAAGAUAAAUCAUAUUCAUUUUAUGCAGCUGUUAGUAUUUUUUUUUCAUUAUUAUUGGAGUUACAAAAUAAUGAGCAGAAUGGAGGCUUUUUUUCUGUAUUUAGUUUUAUUUUUCUUUCAAGAAGUCCCAUAGAGAUCUAAUCACCACAGUUUCACCUCAAAGCAUAAGGAAACUAACCUUCCUAUUGCUGUGUAAAGCCCUAUAAUUUCAUCUAAUAGGCAUAUUAGUCAGAACAACAAAACUUUAACUCCUCAAGCCUUGAUAGAUUUUUGUAUGAACUUAAAGAUUCAAUUUUUAUGAAUUUCGUUUAAUACAAACGGUAUUAAGCAUUCACUGUCCUGAUGCCCCUUUUGGUUAAUUUCUUGUUGUCUUCAUUUUUAUAUAUUCUUUAUUUUGAUCAAAUUUUCAAUCUCAUUUAUUUUUUAAGGACUUGUCUUGUGACAUUGUAGUUUUGGCUUUACAGAUGUCCUCUUUCCAUGGAGAAAAUAUUACAUUCGAAAACUGUAUGUCCGGACAACCAACUGCUAGGUGUCACGUCGCCACACAUGUCGGCGCCAGACGACGUAGCGCCCGGCAGUUAGCCGUCUGCAUGUCCGGACUGUAAUAUUUUUUCCUGUUUCUGGCAUUCACAUGAAUCCUGUUGUGCCAAUUACCAUAACAAUGUAUAUUUAUUUUUUUUCUUCA